UGCUCUAAAUAGUUGUGUUUGAGCUCACGCAGGAAAAAAAAAAAGAAAAAAAAAGAAAAAAGAAAGACAGAUUUUUUUUUUUUUUACAGAAUAUAUUUUUUUCCGGUUCCGUGUAAUUACGCGUUUGCACGCCACCACGGCCGUUUUGAUAAAGUAAUCAUUCUUAUAUUCAUAUGGUCCAAAAUCUGAAUAGUCUACUCUUCUGAAUAUCAAAUUAACAAUUUGCAGAUAACAUUAACAUUGACCCACUCACCAAACAGGUCACCUUCCCCUACUCUUCUUCUUCUUUUUACUCUGUCUAACCAGACCAAAUCAGUCAAUGAAAACACCCCGCUAUCCAAACACCAAGAUUCAUAUAUAACCAUCAUCUUCUUCUUCAAACCACACAUGUUUUGAAAUCUUUUUUUAAAAAAUAAUAUGGCUGGAGAUACAAGUGAAGCUACAAGACAACUGGAUCAAACACCCACAUGGGCAGUUGCAGGUGUUUGUGCAGUCAUCAUCAUUGUUUCCAUAGCUUUGGAGAAGAUUCUGCACAGAGUUGGAAAGUUCUUCACAGAUAAGCACAAGAAAGCUUUGUAUGAGGCUCUGGAGAAGGUCAAAGCUGAGUUGAUGAUUCUAGGGUUUAUCUCACUGAUAUUGACUUUUAGUCAGUACUACAUCGCAAAAAUAUGCAUCCCGGUUGAUGUUGCCGAUACAAUGUUGCCAUGUGCUAAGAGGGAUACAGACGAGAAAAAAGAAGAAGGGACCCACCGGUUGCUUCUAUGGUAUGCGGAAAACCGUAGGUCUUUGGCCGGUGCCUAUGCGUCAACCUGCAAGAAGGGGAAGGUACCGAUUAUAACUGUGGAUGGGCUGCACCAGUUGCACAUACUCAUAUUCUUUUUAGCGGUUAUACACGUUGCAUACACUGCUAUUACAAUGGCUCUCGGGAGAUUAAGGACCGCGCGUGGCUGGAAGCAGUGGGAGGAGGAGACAUCAUCCCAUGACUACGAGUUUACCAAUGAUCCUUCACGAUUCAGGCUUACCCACGAGACGUCUUUUGUGAGAGCACAUACCAGUUUUUGGACUCGAAUCCCGUUCUUCUUUUACAUUGGAUGCUUCUUCCGUCAAUUCUUUAGGUCCGUUAGUAAGGCCGAUUAUAUGACCUUGCGAAACGGAUUCAUAAGUCUUCAUUUAGCUCCAGGAACUAAAUUCAACUUCCGAAAGUAUAUCAAACGGUCAUUAGAGGAUGAUUUCCAAGUUGUCGUGGGAGUCAGUCCUGUGCUCUGGGCAUCGUUUGUCGUCUUCUUGCUUCUAAACGUUAACGGUUGGCAGACGUUAUUUUGGGCAUCGCUAGCUCCGUUAGUCAUUAUCUUAGCUGUUGGAACGAAGCUUCAAGCCAUCUUGACAAGAAUGGCUCUUGAAAUCACGGAAAGACACGCAGUCGUUCAAGGGAUUCCUCUCGUACAAGCCUCCGAUAAACACUUUUGGUUCUCGAGACCCCGCCUGAUGCUCCAUCUCAUACACUUCGCUUUGUUUCAGAAUGCAUUCCAGUUAACUUACUUCUUUUGGAUUUGGUAUGAGUAUAGCAUCAAUUCUUGCUUCCAUGAUAAUAUGAGACUUGUGAUAGUCAAACUUGUUCUAGGGGUUUUUGUUUUAAUCAUGUGUGCCUACAUAACUCUUCCUCUAUAUGCGCUUCUAUCACAGAUGGGGUCGACCAUGAAGAAAUCCAUAUUUGACGAACAGACCGCAAAGGCGCUGAAGAAAUGGCGAAUGGCGGUGAAGAAGAAGCACCGUGGCAAAGGUGGAAGGUCCCCAGGCCCAUCGACAGGGACCAGUCUUACCGCCAGCCCGGUUCACUCUAUGGCAUCGACCAUCUACCCGACAGGUGGAGCUAUGCUCCACCGUUUCAAGACGACCGGUCACUCCACACGCUCUUUCACAUACGACGACACGGAUGCAUCAGAUCUUGAAGCGGAACCACUCACUCCCAAAGAUUCUUCUGCUCACUUGCUUGACGUGCGGGUUGAUUAUCAAAGUGAUAACGAGAUUGAGUUGGUCGAGUCGGCUCAACAAGAUGAAACAAGAAAUGAGGAUGACUUUUCAUUCGUUAAGCCCGCGAAGCCAUUGGAAUAGUUGAAAAAUUGUCGUGGUGCGGAUUUAUUCUUUUAAUUUUUAGUGUGCUUUUAUGCCUUAAUACCAUUUUUAUGUAAUCUAAUACAAUGUUUUGAAGGAGUAAAUAGGGAAGAGUAUUUGGGAUGAA